UGUAGGCUAAUGUAAGCCCAUGUUAAUAAAUAAUAACAACACUGAAAUGCAUGAUGCAGACAAAGAAAUCACACCAAAACAUGGCUUAAGAAUUCACACAAUAUUGCAUUUGUAAAUAAAGGAACUAUUCUUUGACAUUUAAGAGUAAUACUGAAUAUAUUGCAAAAAAUGAAAGUCGUCUAAGACUGGCUGAGUUUUCAAAGAUGACGCCCCAAAAUAGCCCACACAUGCGCCAAAGCUCGCAGAAUUAAAUUGAUAUUCCAAAAGCAUCCUGUGAGCGACCGCCACCCUGCUGUGUAGGUUUGACACAACCUCUUUGUGGCAAAAAUAUCUCUUGUCUGUUCUGGACACACGCGACAUAGAUCAAAUAAGUUUAUUUUUAUAAAUAAACUGUAAUUUUGUCUGUAGGGUAUAUCAUUGUGCCCCUAACCUUGGGAUGGCCGUGGGCAAUAGCAUCUCGCAUUCACAUGAUGUUAUUUUCUUAAUUCACUGUAGCUAGAGAAUGCGAGAUAAUCCUUGGUGUUUCAAGGUGAAUGGACAGGAGGCAGUACACUUGACUUCAGAUGUGUUAUUGAGGUGGACUAAUGAUCGUUAUAACCAACUGCCUGCCUGCUCCAAUAUGUUCGGCUUUCAAGGUUAGCCUCAGCCUGAACUCUGCACGAAUAUAGAUGCUAAGCUAUGAGAUUAUGUUUUAAGAAAUAAAACGGUCGGAUUUGUUUUAAGUCGGUUGGCAAAGUGUUGGUUAAUAUAUUUAUCAUUAUUUUUAUUUUUUUAAGACGUUGAAGGGGUGCUGUGCAAGGCGAGGCAGAACGGUUCUUGAAUCGCUCUAUUGGUGCAUCCUUGCACCCGGAGUCUGCAGCCACACAAUGAAAAUAAACCUACAGUACACAUUUUGUGUACAGGAAGUUAUUGCGUAAAACUUAUUUAAAAAUAUUUACAUUAGUAGCUUAAUGAAAAAUGUAAAAACAGAUAACUGGCCUCAUUAUAAGUUUCUGAGUUUAAAGACAGCAAGUAGGCUACAAAUAUGUCCGUCUUGAAAGCUUACCUCCGCGGUCAGUCCCUUUCGCAGUCUGAGGAGGAACACACCUGCGCGGGCACAGAUUCAUUAUCUCCUCUGGACAUGCUCUGCUGUCACAGUGUUCAGGACUCGUUGCUAAGCUCCAACAGUCGCUUCACCAAUUACAGAGGAAUUCUGAACUGGAUAGUAAUCCUUCUGAUGUUGACCUAUGCCCACCUGUUUCUGGAGAACUUCAUACAGCAUGGAUUUUUGAUUGACCUAAAGAAAGCCCUGGAACUCCUGAUUGGGGACAACUACUGGCCAUAUCUGUACUUGAUCUUGGGUGAGGCUGAAUAGAAGUUCAUGGUAGCUUGCUUACAGCUGUCAGAUGAUGUCAUAUAUUCUUGUCUGUUACUCUUCUUGCAGCUGCCAAUGUGUUUCCUAUGAUAUCUGUGAUUCUGGAAAAGAGCCAGGAAAAGGGAAGCCUUUCUUCUUCGUUGGCAUACUGGCUUCACAUCGGAAACCUUGCGAUGCUGGCAGCUUUCCCUACCAGCAUUAUUCUCCUUUAUGAAACAUCUUUAUCUACAGGUGGAGCUCUUUUAUCUCUUUUCACCUACACAAUACUUUGGCUGAAGCUCUACUCAUAUCAGCAGGUCAGCAGCUGGUACCGUGAGAGUGAAUGCACAGAGGAAGGAACAAAAAGUAGAACUCCUCAGGAAAGUGAGAGCACUGUCUAUGGUAAGAUUUCAGUUAGAGCACCUUCAUGUUGCAUUGGAUUGCAUGGUGACUAAAUUACAUCUACAUUGAGUGUCAUGGUUGAGUUUUUAUUUCCUCUUCCAGAACUUUACUAUUUCCUUCUGGCCCCCACUCUGUGUUACCAGAGGGACUUCCCUCAAACACCAAGGGUCCGUAUCAAUUUCAUACUUCAAAGCUUGGUGGAAAUGGUGAUCCUCACCCAGCUCAUUGUGGGAAUCAUGCAGCAGUGGAUUGACCCUAUCUUUCAGCGGUCUAAAAAAUCUUUUGCUGAUAUGGAAAUAGCUGCAAGGAUUGAGCACCUGGUGGAGUUAGCGACACCCACCCAUUUCCUGUGGCUGAUGUUCUUCUUCCUCUUCUCACACUCCUAUCUGAACAUCCUUGCUGAACUCCUGCGCUUUGGUGACCGCCAUUUCUAUGGUGACUGGUGGAAUGCUGACACACUUGGCAGUUUCUGGAGAAAUUGGAAUGUUCCUUUCCAGAAGUGGAUUCAAAGACAUCUCUAUGAGCCAUUUCUAAAGAAGAAAUUCUCUACAAAACAGGCAGACAUACUGAUCUUCAUAGUCGUCUCUGCACUUUUGGAGGUGUGGUUUAAUAUUGCUCUGGCCCUACAAAGAUGUCAUCUAUGGUUGUUUCUCAACAUGAUGUUUGAGCUUCUCUUGGCUUUUCUCUUGGACCGCUUCUUUAUUGGUAACUAUGGGAAUGGGCUGGUGUGGUUCUGUCUGCUGCUGGGUCCUCCCUUGGCUGUGACAACCUAUUACCAUGACCACUACAUGAGUCAGCGUGGUCCUUCUGAUGACUUCCAGUCAGUCCAAUUACAACAGGAAAAACACACGAAAAUGCACUAACUUCACAUACACAGACAGGUGGCACCCUAUAUCAGCUUGUGCUGUAAAUGUGUGAAAAACGCCUCUGUGUUAUUGUGAACAUACAUUGAGAACAUUCUUUCUCAUCAGUGCCUAUAUAAUAUAUACCACAGAUUUUUUACUCAUAAGUCCUUCGAUGAAAGUGUUGUGAAAAAAACAAAACACCACAUCAAUGCCAGUACAAAAGGAUUAGCUUGUCUCAGCUUCAAACCUCAAAAACAAAACAAAACGUUGCAUUAUUACACCCACAUUACUCUUGAAAAUAAUGUGUUGUACAUGUUUAACUAUGAAUGCGCUUACAGGCUAUGUAAUAUGUAUUCAAGCCUGAAUAAAUGUAUACAUUAUCUUUUACUGUUACUCCUUGAUGUUCAUUCAAAAUGUCGAAAUGCAAUUUGGGGACAAUAAAGUUCUAAUUCAAUGACCUUAUUCAAUUGCCUUCAGAAUCAUUUUUAGGUUUGCCGUGUGAAUAUAGCCUAUUAGUUGUUAUAUACUGUAUGUCAAUUGAGUAGACUUCUUAUCAAGAGCAGUGUAUACCUACACGUCGACAUAU